AUGACCAUUCACCCGAAGCUGAGCAGUGGCCAGGAGGAAAAGGUGGAAUUCCCCCACAUCAUCUGCCGCGGAUCACCAAGAGAAAUCGGCUACCACCAUGGCCAGAAUGCAGCCACCCAAAUACGGUCAACUAUUGCGUUCUACACCAAGGUGUUUGAAGGGAGCCUCAACAUUCCCUGGGAACGCGCCGUUGUCGUCGCAAAAAGGUUCUUGCCGAUGCUGGAGAGCGAGGUGCCGGAAUUGGUCGAGGAGAUGACAGGUGUUGCCGAGGGCGCAUCGCUCUCGUUGGAAGAUAUCUUGGUGUUGAAUACGCGGAGUGAGAUCAUGUUUGGGAAUGCGGGAGACGGAUGUACGGCCUUUUCAUGGAAGUCACCGACCACUUCAAGCUCCUGGCUGGCGCAGAAUUGGGAUUUUCACCUCUCCGCCCGCGAGAACCUCAUAGCCCAAACCAUCAUCCGGUCGUCUGAUGCCCCCGUCAUUUCUCAAAUCAUCGAAGCCGGCAUGCUCGGGAAGAUCGGGCUCAAUUCAGCGGGGGUGGGAGUAGGCCUCAACGCGGUAGUAGCACCAGGGACCGAUUUCAAGCGGUUGCCCGUCCACAUCGCACUGCGCGCCGUCCUGGAGAACCGCUCUCGCAAGGAGGCUGUGGAAUUUCUUGACCGGGUCGGUCUGGCGAGUGCAUGUCACAUUCUGGUGGCCGAUGCCGCAAGUGGCGGCGUCGGCCUCGAGUUCAGUGCAGUGGAUUGCGCGAGCUUGAAAAUGGACGCGAGGGGAAUCGUGACACACACGAACCACUUCCUGCGCCCGCAUGAGAAGGGGGUGGUAUCCCAGGUCAGCUUUGCGACCCAGAUCCGGCUGAGCCGUGUCAAUGAGCUCUUGCGGGAGGUACAGGGCCAGGAGGCGAACAGGGGGGUGGUCGAGGGGAUCCUGGCGGACGAGCUGUACUGGCCCUAUUCUAUCAACAGGUCUGCGGGCAAGGAGACGCCCGCCGUGACGCUUUUCAGCAUAGCGAUGGACUUGGAUAGGCGGGAGGCUACUGUGAAGAUUGGCCGGCCUACUGAGCCCAUUGCCGAGCUGGUCCUCACUCCUGGCUUGCUCGGAUCCAAGUCCCGGACUUAG